AUGGCUUUUUGAGGACAAUGAGGAUUUCAAGAUGCGGCAUCUCCUAUAAUGGAGCAACUAAUUUUUUUUCAUGAUCAUGCAAUAUUAGUACUAAUUAUAAUUAUUAGACUUUUAAUAUAUGCUGCUAUUUCAUUAAUGUCUAACAAAAUAACAUCUCGGUUUACUUUAGAAAGGCAGGAAAUUGAAACUAUUUGAACUAUUCUUCCAGCGGUUAUUUUAAUUUUUUUAGCUUUUCCUUCUUUACGAUUAUUAUAUCUGCUAGAUGAAGUUGAAUCUCCUGUUUUAACUGUAAAAGCUAUCGGACAUCAAUGAUAUUGAAGAUAUGAAUACUCGGACUUUCUGACAGUAGAAUUUGAUUCUUAUAUACUUCCGACUGAAGAAUUGAAUAGGGGGGAUUAUCGAUUAUUAGAAGUAGAUCAUCGAAGAGUGGUUCCUAUAAAUUCUAAAGUUCGGGUAUUAGUUACAGCAGCUGACGUUCUUCAUUCCUGAACAGUUCCUUCAAUAGGAAUAAAAGCUGAUGCUGUUCCUGGGCGUCUUAAUCAACUCAGAUUUAUUUCUAAGAUCCCCGGAGUAUUUUAUGGACAGUGUUCUGAGAUUUGUGGGGCUAAUCAUUCUUUUAUACCAAUUGUAUUGGAAGUGGUAGAUACAAAUUCAUUUAUCAAUUGAAUUUUAAGAUUUACUUCUGAUAAUUAA